GUCCACAACAGCGGGCACGCGUGCAGGCCAGCUACAGCAGCUGCAGGUGGAGGUGGGGCAUUUGAGAACGGCCAUCGCCACCUCGAGGGAGGAGGAGAGCUCGGCCAAGGAGGAGGCGGCCCGUCUGCGCAGACAGCUGAAGGAGAUGGAAGAUGAGCGCUCGCAGACGGUGCACGCGCAUGGAGUGGCGGUGGAGCGGCUGUCGAAUCGCUUGUCUGAGGUGGCGGCUGAGCACAAGUCGGAAAUGGACGGCCUGAAGCGCAAAGUGGAUCUUCUUGAACGACUUCACAAGGACAGCUCCAAGGAGUGCGCGAAGCUGAAGGAUGACCGCCAGGCUGAGUAUGACCUGCGGGAGCUCGAGACAGCCAAUAAAUCGCUGGCAGCAGAGCUCAAGACCAAAGAGCAGGAGCUGAUGAACGUGAAGUCACAGCUGUUUGAGGUGAAGAAGGAGGUCAAGGAGCUCAAGCGGGCAGAUUCAAAGAAGUCGUGA